AUGGGUGACUUCCACAAUAUUGACAACAAACAGUCUAUCGUUGAUUCCCUGGUUACAUUGCGGUCGAGUAUUCUUGACUAUCGGAGGGAAAACGGACGCACGUACCAGAAGUACUAUCUUCCUAACGAUGAGAUUUUGGACGCGCAAGCCAACAACCCAACACAGAUUUCGCCAACCUUUUAUGGAUACUUACAUGGGACGGAAAUCUAUGCAACUGCCCCAAAGUUAAGGGUGCCAGGCGAGUUUUGGAUGUUGGAACUGGGACGGGCAUCUGGGCCCUUGAUUAUGCGGACGCUCACCCUGAAGCAAUCUUUCAUCGACGAGGCAUGUCAGGUUAUUGGUGUUGAUCUGAGCCCUAUCCAACCCGCCUUAUCAAUGGUUGGAAGUUUCAAAAGCUGGUCCGACACUAUCAAGCAAGCCUACGACAACCUGGAACCGGGAGGGUAUCUUGAGAUCCAAGACAACGAGUUUCCCAUCUUCUGCGAUGAUGGUUCCAUGCCCGCAGAUCCUAAAGUCCUGAAGUGGACUCAGCUCGUCAUUGAAGCCACGAACAUUGUGGGGAAGUCAAUGACUGUUGCGCCUACCUUCAAGCAGUUACUCGAGGAUGCCGGAUUUGAAGAUGUCCAGGGACGCCAAGAGAAAUGGCCUAUUAGCCCAUGGCAGCAAAACAAUUCGAAACAGAGGGAGCUGGGGAACUGCUGCCGAGCGGGCACCAUGGAAGAAGGCCUUGAGCCGAUUUGCAUGGCCUUGUUCACGCGCGGUUUUGGCUGGACUCAAGAUGAGGUCGUGGCGUUCUGCGCAGGGGUUAGAGAGGAAUUGACACAGCAGACCGUUCACGGCUACUUCAAUGCAUAUUACGAUAUUACAACCGGCGGCAAGAACCAUUAG